AGGGAUAAACGGUGCGUUAAAUCGCAGGGUUACAGGCAUUCGUCUCUCUGCCAUGGCUCAUGGCAUGAUUGAUUGAUAUUCCACAAGUCCAGUAUACACCUGGCCUAUGAAACAAAGAAGACAAAAAGUCAGUGUUGCUGCAAGAAGAAGGGGAAGCACCGCAAGCAGUAGUCGUCAUGUGUUGCCUUGUCAAGAGCAUGCGAGCCACAUUGUUGCACACCACGGACGCGACAGACGACACAUUCUUCGUCGGCUUCUUCGCAUAGGCUCAGGAACUCGUGUCGGUUUCUGCGAUGCUCUUGGUGCUGCUGCUGGGCGCGAGUAUAGCCACCAAGAGAAUGGAUGCUCGGGCCUUGUUGUUGUUGCUGCUGCUGCUGCUGCAUGCGUUGGAGGAGAGGGAGCAGGCAGAUCGAAUGGAAUUUCCUGUCGCGAUACUGUCUCGAAAGCAGCAGAUGACCCCACAGACGAUGUUGAGCUCUGCCGUUGGAGGGGUGAUGAUGAUGAUGAGGGUCGUGGUAUUUGUGAGCGGUUUGGAGCAGCUCUAAAAUAUCGGAAACUGCCUGGAGAAGGUGAUAAUGGCGGUGGUGAUCGAGAUACAGUGAGGUCCAGAGCACGUAACGGAGUAUCGUCGCAGAUGCUACACUUCUCGAGCCUGUUUUCCGCGAGGCAGUUCAGAAAUGGAGCACCAUCAAGAUACUGCUACAUCUCAAAGCGAAGAUUUUUAUUUAAUUUUUGUUAUUUACCUGUGCAAACGCCAUCAUCUGUUCGCGGUCGGCGAUUUUUGUUCUUUCUUCAUCCCGUUGGCUUAGCCUGCCAAGUCUUGCCUCUUCUUCUUCUAUGCAAUAGUACGCCCGUCACACUGAAGGCAGCCCAUCGCGACCAGCACGACCUGUUUGUUGGGCAUAGUCCAACAAACUAUACGGCAACUUCCAGUGGAACACGAAGCGUACAUUGGGGGAAUCAAUGCCAACGCCAAAUCCGCUCGUAGUGAUCAUCAGUCCCCCGUUUGACAUCCAAUGCUGCUGUCGUUCGGCCCUCGUGUCUUCGUCCAGAUCGGCAUGAAAAGAAUGCCACGUUGGCCCGCAAAAUGGAGCAGAUGUUUUGCAAUGACGU